AAUAUGCCGCCUGUUAUUAAACCAUAUGACAAGAGUAGGAUCUGGUAUGUGGCAGCUCGAUAUGAAUAUGAUUACUACAAGAAGAACAUAGGCGGACGUCAGUUUGUAAUUGGAAAUGGCUCAGUGGUGUCUGCUGGAGGUAUAGAGUACACAAAUGGACCACUACAGCCAGGGCAGUCAUAUCUGGUUUAUAUCCGCGUCAUUGGGAUUGGAGAUGAUGGGGUGCAGGAGUUCUCAUCAGUCAGUAAGGCUACAAGGUACACAACUGCAUCUGCAAAGAAUGCGUCAUCAUCUGGAGGAUCAUCAAAUUCUGUGCUGAUCAUUGCAGUUGCUGUUACACUAAGUGUCAUCAUUUUUGUGCUAAUCAUCAUACUUUUUGUUUUUCUGAGGAAGAAUUACAGGUGCACUAUACAUAGAAAUGAGAUGAAAUCAGAGGCUAUAAGAUAUGAUACCGUCAUUAGCAAUUCUAAAGCAACAUCUGGAACAAGAGAACGUUUGAAGAAAAGCAAUGAGAUAAUGACAGUUAAUAGCUUAUACACUACUACAGGUGCAGGCAGCAGUGCUGAAUCACGUGCAUAUGAAGAGGUUGGAAGCGCCGCAGGUCAGCACAACAGGAUACACGAGGAACCAUUGUAUGAGAGUAUCGAUGGCGAAUCGGCACUUUAAUCUCAAUGUAGUAAUUGAGAGAACUCUCUGGUAAUGAACUGUGGCCAUGGCUUGUUUAGGUUUAGAUCAAAUGCAUUUGAUAGUGUUUGUGUUCUGACUCUAUGUUUGAUCUGGUCAUUAAUUGUUAGUGUGUUUGUAGCUACGUAUUUCCGCGCAUUUAGCUGCAGGGCUCUUAUUAGAACCUUUGGUUCUAUGUGCCUUUGUACGUGUGGUUGAGGAAUAGAGUAUAGAAGCCAUGGAAUUCCCUAGAGGAUAUUGCA